AUGUUCGGGCUGCCUCCCGGGUGGGAGUCCGACUACGACGGCCAGCGCUGGUUCUACACGUACAAGGCCAGCGGCCACAUCCAGUACCACUUCCCCACCGAGGGCGACGAGUUCCCAGACUACCUCGACGCCUCCGUCCCGGCCCCGGACCUCGCUCCCGAGGAGCGUCUCGAGUCGCAGCAGCAGCUUCGCCGCCAGACAACCAUCAGCGCCGCCAGCGCGAAGCAGCUCUCGCCCCCGAGCUCUCACCGCGCGGGCAAUGGCGCCGCGAAAUCGGGCAUGUCCGCCACGGCGCGGCCCGUGAGCGCCAUCUGGGAUGGCGAUGGCGGCGGCGGCGACGAUGAUGCCGAGCAGGUCUUCCAGCCUGAAAACUUCAUGUUCCUCGGCCCCGGCACCUAUACCGAAGUGAGCCCGCUCAACGAGGAGGAGGAGGAGGCCGCGCGGAGGGUCGUCGCGGGUGGCAUCGGCGAGAGGGUUGCCGGCGACAGCGCUGUCGCAGGCGGGUCUGCUGCCGGGACCAAGGCCGCUGUGAGCCCAGUGGCCAGUACAGUGACGACGCCCAUGGUGCAGAAGAGCGAGGCAUCUGUGUCUCCUCCUGUGCCUGCCGCGGGCCAAGAGAUUGUCAUCGAGAGUCCGCCCAUCCAAGCGGAGCCAGUGCCGACGCCGCCGCAGGAAGAGCAGCCCGUGGUGCACAUGAUUGACAGCCGCGAACUCCCACAGGAGCUGCCGGCGCCGCCUCCCGUGUUCGACCCCGUGGGCGUCGUGGCCGAGAUGGCAACCGAACACACAGCCGUGGCGCACAUCGAGUUGCACCCGGACCCUGUUGAGAUGGGCGACAACGCGGUUCUCGCCCCAAUCGAGACGAACAUGAAUGCCGCUGCCCUGGGCAUGGCUGAACUGCCGGAGCGUAACAGCCCUGUUGAGCUUAAGCUGCCUCAAAAGGUCGAGAAGCCGGCUGAGGUGGCCACUGGGAGCAGCGUCACGGUGCAGGAGCCAGACGCCGUUCGACAAGUAUCGCAGCAGGGCACAGAGUCUCAAAUCAGUGGGAGGUUACGGCGAAGGACAUUGAGCCGAAUCAGAUCCAUCAGCAACCACCUCAUGUCGUCGCCCAGCAGCAAUAUCAGCCAGUUCAGCAUAUGUCAGACCAGCAGCCUCAGGUUCAAGCUUUGCAACACCAUCACGAACAACAAGAUCAGCAACAGCAGCAGUAUCAAAAUCAGCAAUAUCAGCAGCAGCAGCAGCAGCAACAUCAGCAGCAACCACAACAGCAACAACCACAACAGCAGCGACUACAACAGCAGCCAUACCAGAACGUUCAGCAGUAUCACAAUCAGCCACAACAUGUCCCUAUCGGGCAGCAAGGACUGCAGACUACUAUCACGCAACAUGGCCAUCAGGCCGCGACACCGCAGCCUGGACCCGACGUCCCCCAGCCGCAGCAGAUACCGCAUCCGCCCCAGCCUCAGCAACAAACGGAAAUACAAAGCCAGCCAGUCAAGCCGGCGCCGGAAAGUCAUAUUCAGAAACCCCAACUGCUUCAGCAGGCCCAUCAAUCUCAAGUUGCGCAGCCGCCUCUGCAGGCCCAACAACUUCAACAGCAGCCUCCUUAUCAGCAGCCCGAGCAAGUUCAACCUACCGAGCAGCACAAACAGCAGCAGUUCCAGCCGUACCAAAAAGCCCAGACGCAACAGACAGGGCCGGGACAGCAAUUCCAGCAAGGCCAUGAAAUUCAGCCAUCUUCGCAACAGUCACAGCCCCAGACACAGCCACAGUACACGCCCUUAUUCUCUCAGCAGAGUCCUCAUACUCAGCAAGCAGCAACGCAGUACCAGGCUCCGCAACAAAGUCAGCAGCAGUGGCAACGUCCAUGGUCUCAGCAGCAACCACAAAACCAGCCACAAUCGCAAGCCUCCAAACAAGACAUACCCGAGCCGUUCAAGAUCACCAGGAAGCCCACCGGUGGUCUCGAUCCUCAAGCAUAUAGGCCUUAUAGCCCCGGGCAAGCGCCAACCGAAACACCGGCGGAAGCCACCUCGGAAAAGCGGAAGAGCAGCGCUGUUACCCUGCAACGUGAAGCAUCAUUGA